AUGACCUGCGGCCAAGCAGACGACCUCAUCGAACUCGCCACCGCCUCGUUCCCAAACCAGAGCCUCGAACAAGUCGCCGACGCAACCGACGCCACCGGGGGCGACCACGGACAGGGCCAAGCCUCGCAAGCGUCCACAGGCCAACGCAGAGGCCGGAGCAGCCAGACCAAGGACAUCCGCCUCGCUCCCUGCACCGAAGGCGCCACGCGCCAGCCUCUCGGUGACCGCUGCAAGGAUCGAAUGCAUCGCCACCCAGAUCCAGCGGCAUCGCUGCACAGGAAGACGUCGGGCACAUGGCAAGGUCUGGACGAGCCCAUGCCCCGUGCGUUCCACCAAGAGGCGCGUUGGGACCACGAAAAACAGCCGGACGGCGGCUACGUCGAGGACGCCAUCGCAUCCGAGAUCGAUCUCGGCGACGACACCGGCGAGGGACGGGGAGCGCCACCGGAUGACGGAUCACAGACCAGCGGCCGACUCGCCUUUGCUCGACGCCCGUCCAACGUCGGCAUCGACAGCUACCACACGGCCGCCAGCUGCAGCACCCGCGUAGCGACGUCGCCUUGGGUCGCGAAUCAGCGUGGCCCGCGGGGCGUCGGGGACCCUGGCGCGAUCGGCGCUUCGCCACCCAUCGGCACCAAGGACGGCCUGUACGCCCAGAGGCGGGCGCCCUCUUCCAUCUACAGGCACGGUCGCAGUCACAGCGACAGCAACUUUGCCCUCUGCCUCGGCAGGACUCCGGCUGCAGGUCGACCGGGCUUCGACAAGCGUCGCUUCGCCACCUUCAACGGAGCCAGCCAUCAGUCGAUCUCGACGGAGACGUCCAGCACGAUGGACCAAGCUCCGACUCCGAGCGUCCCUUCCCUUUUCGGCGCUGGGCAUCCAGGUACGACAGGCGGUGCGGGUGCACUCGGGCUCGGAGGUCGCCUGCCUCUGACGAGGAUGGACAAUGUGUCGCGUCCGUCCGCUGAUCUGAGGCGGCCGCUCUACUGCGCCGCCUCGCCACGCGGAGACGCCCGGAGUGGGCCUAGCUCCACUGGGAAGCGCGGUUCUGGCGAGCCCUCGCCGCCCUGCGAUGACCACGACUUGCCCGGGAUCUCGCAGCAGUCCGACUCGAUGCUCCUUACGGCCGCGGCUCCGUCGGAAACGAUGCCUUGCGCGACCGUCGACGCCAGCAGCGGCUGCAACCUGCCACCCGCCUCGAGGCAGCCGUCGGCGUCGCGGUCGUCCCUGCUUUCGAUCAACAGGCCUCGAUCGGCGACCAUGUCGGCGCUCCCGACCGCUCCGCAGCGCGACGGGCUCUGCCUGUUGCUGAGCCCCGUCCACGAAGGGUCGCUGCAUCAGCUCUCGCACACCCUCGUUCCGGGUCCGCCGCUCGCCGAGACAGAGGCCCGGAGGCUACAGGGCAUCAGGCGUCUGGCCACGUUUUGCGGAGAGCCGUUGCAGCAAGAGGGUAAACGAGCCGGCACCGUUGUGGGCUCAGACCAGCAGGCGAUGGAUUUGCAAGCAGGCAACAUUACCGACGGCGACGACACGCGCCUGGACCGCUAUAGCAGCGACGACGAUACCACCUUGUCCGACUCGCUCGAGCGAGCUGCCGAGGGGCUGCAAAGCGCAUCCGUGUGCGGCCCGGCUUCGCCCGCAUCGUCCGCCCGUGGCCGUCGACGCGACCACAUUCGAUCACCCUCGCUCAUCUCGCUCGGUUCGACCGCAGCGCAGGCCUCGGCGGCGCCCGAGACGGACAUUGUCGUGGUCGACACAACGACGGCGGCGGCGACGGCGGCGGCCAUCGACGUCGAAGGUGGUGCGCAGGAGGGCGCCAGCGCGGUCGCGGUGCUGCGUGGCCUGCUGGACCAUGGCGGAAGCAGGCAGAGGCGCCCGCGCUCAUCGAGCGGAGCUGCGGCCUUUGCCGGCGGCGGCGAAAGUGGAGACGAAGAAGGCGGCCACGAUGGUGGGCUGGACGGUGGACGGCACGACCGGCCGCCGCUGAGCAAGCGGCUCAAGUGGCGCAGCACCAGCCUCCUGCGCCUCUUGCCGACCAGAGCGGUGGGCGGUCCUAGCCACCAGGGCGGAACGGGCGCCUGA